AUGACAUCAGACAACUCGAGCUCGGUAUCUUCUAGUCAUGCAGUUGAUGCUUUCAUGACAGCACUUAUGAAUCUCAACAUGAGUUCUGUCACUGCCAAUGCACUCAUUAUUGUUAUCCAAGCAAUAGCAGAUGGUGAUCAGAACCUUCCAUCAGCACCAGUUCACCCUGGACAAAAAGAUUGCAUAGCUGAUCUUAAGGUUGAAGACAAUGCUGAUGAUGGAACCAAGGCUACUCCAGUGCCCUCUUCCACCACUCCGGCACCUGUUGUUAGCAGCAUGGCUGCAGGCAUCGUCAAACCCUCACUCUCCACUAAUGCAGACUCAGUUGGGCUUUCACCCAGCUUGGUUUUAUAUCAAGGCUUCCCAUACGAGAUUCCCUAUCUUUCUGACAAAGGACCCUUCUACUAUAUAAUUAAAAGCAAACAUGUUGGGGUUUUGUUCACUUGGGAAGACACUUCCCCCCAAGUCACAGGGGUCAGUGGUGCUAUCCAUAGCCACUGUCCAUCAGUUGAAGUAGGUGUGGCACACAUUCAUGCAGCCAUUGAAUGCAAGAAUUUCCCAACAUUCCACAUCUCUUCAACACUCCUACCAUGGGUUGGCAAAAACUGCACAAGUCAGAAAAAGAAUGCCAAGAAGCUGCCAAGAAGUACCAAAAUGUGUAUUAUGAGAAGUACAUUUGUUUUCUUCCUAGUCAUACUACAUCCAAAGUAUCUGCACACAACCCUUUGGAACUCCAAGUCAAACAACAGGAAAGACAGUGACCUUACUAGAUUAUCUGAUCCAGAUAUAAAAUUUCGCAAGCUUGUCAAUGGGUCCACUCAUAGGUUCAUGGAUGACCUGGCACUGCAGUAUAUGGGUAGCACUCAUUCUGAAGACUCAUGGCAGCCUAUUCUGGAUGCACUCAAUAUUGCUCAGGAGGCCGAGGAAGCAAUUAUAAGAAGUGGAGGUGAUGUGGGGUUAAUUACAAUAGAAAAGUACCAAUUUAGAAUGCUCUAUGAGUCUAGAACGAUUAUGGUAGAAAAAAUGGUUGCUAGUGAAUGGACUUCUAAGGAGCAAAAGGAGUGGUUAACUACACAGCUUCCCGAUGUAGAAAGCUGA